AUGUCACCCAAGGACAUUCUUCGAGCCCGUGCAGUAAAGGCGUCAAAGACUGCUAUCAGUAUGUUUCUUCUACUCGCUGCUGUAGUCACCGCUAGUGCUUUUCUGGAAACUCAAUGCGAAUCAGCGGUUGUCCGCGAAACCUACAUCCAGGAGCCUGGGCCAGAUAUUCUGAACGUGGAGGAAACAGUCGAUGAUGGAGAGGUACGUCUUGUGGGAGGCACCUCAGAUUCUGAAGGCCGUGUAGAGGUCGGCUACAGCGGAGAAUGGGGAACUGUUUGUAAUGACCUUUGGGAUACAAACGAUGCCAGUGUGGUCUGUCGAUCUCUCGGUUUUGUUGGUGCUCUGGAAGCUGUCUCUAGUAUUCCAUUCGGUCCCGGUCCUGGAAUAAUCGUCCUUAGUAACGUUAAUUGCAUUGGAAAUGAACAGAGUCUCUCUGAGUGCCCACAUCAAUUAGGACUUGGAGUUAGUGACUGUGACCAUUUAGAAGUUGCUGGAGUUCGUUGUCUAGUGCUUGAAGAUGGUGAUGCUCGUCUUAUGGGAGGCACCUCAGAUUCUGAAGGACGUGUAGAGCUCUGGUACAACGGAGAAUGGGGAGCUGUUUGUGAUGAAUUAUGGAAUGCAAACGAUGGCAGGGUGGUAUGUCGAUCUCUCGGUUUUGUUGAUGCUCUGGAAGCUGUCUCUGAUGGUAGAUUCGGCCCCGUUACUGAACCCAUCCUCUUUAAUAUCGUCGAUUGCAUUGGAAAUGAACAGAGUCUCCUUGAAUGCCCACAUCAAGGUCUUGGAUUCAAUGACUGCGGCCGUUCAAAAGAUGCUGGAGUUCGUUGUGUAGAAGAUGGAGAGGUACGUCUUGUGGGAGGCACCUCAGGUACUGAAGGCCGUGUUGAGGUAAGCUACAACGGAGAAUGGGGAACUGUUUGUGAUGAUUUUUGGGGUACAACCGAUGCCAGCGUGGUAUGUCGAUCUCUCGGUUUUGGUCGUGCUCUGGAAGCUGUCAAAUAUGCUGGAUUCGGCCCCGGUACUGGAACCAUCGUCCUUGAUAACGUCAAAUGCGUUGGAAAUGAACCGAGUCUCGUUGAGUGCCCACAUAUAGGACUUGGAAAUAGUGACUGUGACCAUUCAGAAGAUGCUGGAGUUCGUUGUCUAGUGCUUGAAGAUGGUGAUGCUCGUCUUAUGGGAGGCACCUCAGAUUCUGAAGGACGUGUAGAGCUCUGGUACAACGGAGAAUGGGGAGCUGUUUGUGAUGAAUUAUGGAAUGCAAACGAUGGCAGGGUAGUAUGUCGAUCUCUCGGUUUUGUUGAUGCUCUGGAAGCUGUCUCUGAUGGUAGAUUCGGCCCCGUUACUGAACCCAUCCUCUUUAAUAUCGUCGAUUGCACUGGAAAUGAACAGAGUCUCCUUGAAUGCCCACAUCAAGGUCUUGGAUUCAAUGACUGCGGCCGUUCAAAAGAUUCUGGAGUUCGUUGUGUAGAAGAUGGAGAGGUACGUCUUGUGGGAGGCACCUCAGGUUCUGAAGGCCGUGUUGAGGUAAGCUACAACGGAGAAUGGGGAACUGUUUGUGAUGAUUUUUGGGGUAUAACCGAUGCCAGCGUGGUAUGUCGAUCUCUCGGUUUUGAUGGUGCUCUGGAAGCUGUCAAAUAUGCUGGAUUCGGCCCCGGUACUGGAACCAUCGUCCUUGAUAACGUCAAAUGCGUUGGAAAUGAACCGAGUCUCGUUGAGUGCCCACAUAUAGGACUUGGAAAUAGUGACUGUGACCAUUCAGAAGAUGCUGGAGUUCGUUGUCUAGUGCUUGAAGAUGGUGAUGCUCGUCUUAUGGGAGGCACCACAGAUUCUGAAGGACGUGUAGAGGUCUGGUACAACGGAGAAUGGGGAACUGUUUGUAAUGACCUUUGGGAUACAAACGAUGCCAGUGUGGUCUGUCGAUCUCUCGGUUUUGUUGGUGCUUGGGAAGCUGUCUCUAGUAUUCCAUUCGGUCCCGGUACUGGAAUCAUCGUCCUUGAUGACGUCAAUUGCAUUGGAAAUGAACAGAGUCUCUUUGAGUGCCCACAUCAAGGUCUUGGAGUCAAUAACUGUGACCAUUUAGAAGAUGCUGGAGUUCGUUGUAUGGUAUUGAGUGAUUAA